AUGGAUCAAAAAGCGAACUACUUUGCAGGAACUGAGUUAUUUGCUAAAGAAGUGAUUGAAUGCAGCUCUCAAUAUGGAGAAGAUGGAAGAACGGCCUUUGUGGCAGAAAAUCUGUGUGGCCCACCGACAAUCUACCCCAACUUUGAGGAUUCUACACGUUCUUGUGCAUUUCUCAAUUAUGGAUCCCGUUGGGAAACUUAUCCAGGAUCGCUGAAACCAAUCUCCGGUGGCCCGCAUGCAUACUCAAGCACGGAUUAUGUUGACGUUUUCUUUGAACGUCCCCUCAUCGUUGUUCGCAUGAAGAUAUAUGAAACAUUCUUUCCUGGUGCGAUUGUAGCCAUUCGUGCUUGUUAUCGAGAUCAGCCAACUGAUAAUCCUGUAAACGCUCGUGGGAUGUAUUGGGCUACAUUAUGGCAAUCGACUGCUCAUGGUGGCUUAUCGAAUUUGCUUUCGAUAGACGGAGAAAAUGCAAUAGUAUCAGCGGAUUCUGUUAAAAUUUUGCGGUUUGGAAAAGCCAGGAUUUUUGUGCCUGAUUUAUUUAAUAUUCCGCUUGUGCCAACAGAUCUUAUUCGGAUUGAAUUCGACGUUCGUCGCUGCGCGUACCAUACACAGUUGGAUGCGGUACAGGUAGAAGGUUAUGCACCCAUCUCUGACAAGGAAGCCGAAUUCCGUUGGAAGAAGCGUGGCAGGUGUCGAAUUAUAUCAAGAAAGGAAUUGGAAUGGUAUCUUUCAGUUAUUGAAGAAAAAAAUAAUGAAAAAAGGCUGGCUUUAGCUAGCAUGCCAUUCUCGAACCCACGUCUAACUUCCAGUACUUUCCACCGUCUUGCCGAUGAAACGCUGUCACGCCUUGAGAGCAUCAAUUUGCAGGCCCUCUGGCCGACCGCAACGGACACUGCUCUCUCGGUCCUAUCCAGUCGACUUCAUAGAAGCCGAAACAGGACCGUAUCUGCAUGCGAAAGACCUCGCGGACGAGGUACACGCUCUGAAUCGGCACCUGUCCACUAUGCCUCGUGGAGCAGCCUCACGGGGCAGGGCGUCACUCAUCACACUACCCUCGUUUGCGGUGGUGGUGCGCCUCCCACUGAUAGAGUUCGCGCUUCCGCAUUCCAAAAUUUCGACAAUAGUUCUCAAGACGUCGUGUCCUGCCGACUUAGAAGGCUGGAUAUUUCCUGGUGUGGAAACUAUCAGGCAAUAUCUACGUACGGAUUUUGUCAGUUUCUGAGCGACGUUGGGCGUAAUUUGACAACUCUUCGUCUUUCCUCCUGUCAAAUGGUCAAUGAUGAGUGCCUUCUGCAGCUUAUCAAUAUUUGCGGUAAUCUAGAAGAGCUGGACCUUUCGUCGUGCCGAUCAGUAACCAGUGGCGGUUUCAUUCCCUUGGGUCGGUUGAUUAAACUGCGUUGGCUCAGUCUCUACAGGACGCGAGUAGCUGACGCUGCCCUGCACAAUCUGGCUAACCUAUGUCAGCACCUCCGACACCUGAAUCUCGGCUCCUGUGUCUCAAUCGAAGACGCUGACACCAUUGUUGAGCACAUCACUGCCAACAACCCUGUCCUGGAGUCUCUUGUGCUGUGGCGAUGUCGCAACUUAACCAGCUUUGGAGUUCUAAGAAUAGCCGAACACUGUCCACACCUACUCAGACUUGAUUUGGGCUGGUGUACAGGUAUUGAGUCAGAACCAUCCAACUGUCUUCGCGAACUGGUUACUCGUUGCCGCAAGCUGCGUGUUCUGUCUCUCGCAGCCAUUCGGUCUGUGACACCUGCUGAUGUCGACGUUAUAGCCAACUCAUUGUAUGACUCGUUGGUGGAUCUGGACUUGAUAGGCAAUGCCCUUAUCACACAACCCUGCAUCAACCGACUUCUUCUUCAUUGCCAGAAUCUCGCAUUCCUAGAUAUUUCUCACUGUCCGUCCAUUUCAAUAUUCGAAGCGCUUUCACUUAAGGCGACCUACAAUCAUUGCAACAUCGUCUUUUAUCAUCACACUUCCGUACCUUCCCCGCCACCUGCUACGCCGAUGGAUUUCCACUUCCCGCAGUUGCUGCCACCGCAGCAUUUACCUCCUCUGGCAUUCCUAGGGCCGCAAGAAGAUCUUGAUGGCUAA